AUGGUAACAUUAUCCAGCUUCAGCAGUACUGCCAAUGCAAGCUCGCCUUAUUUUGAUGUGAUGAAUUAUGGAGCUGUUGGUGAUGGAAAAACCGAUGAUUCGCAGGCAUUUCUGAAGGCGUGGAAUGAAACCUGCAAAGUUCAACAACAGCUUGCUACCCUUAAUAUACCAGCAAAGACAUUCUUAUUGAAUCCUAUCCAGUUUUUGGGUCCAUGUGUGCCCACAAGUAUUAAUGUUCAGGUAGCAGCAAAAAUUAUAGCAAGCACCAAUAAAUCCCUAUUUUCCAACAAUCAUUGGCUUCUCUUCUCAUAUGUGAAAGGGCUUACUUUGACCGGGAGUGGAACUAUAGAUGGCCAAGGGGCAGGUUCAUGGCAAGAGAGAAGGGGAGUAGCUGCGUUGAAGUUUUAUACUUGCCCAAACCUAGUACUUCAAGGAUUGACACAUAUCAAUCCCCAAAAAGCCCAUAUCAUUUUGACAAAAUGUGAUGGAGAAAACAUCAAUAACAUCACUAUAAGUGCCCCUGAAGCUGCCCCUAACACAGAUGGUAUUGACAUUGCUAGCUCAAACCAUGUUCAAGUUCGGAACUCCAAAAUUGGAACAGGUGAUGACUGCAUUGCUAUUAGUGCAAGAUCUUCCUUUAUCAAUAUAACUGGCGUCACAUGUGGACCUGGCCAUCGUAUUAGCAUUGGAUCACUGGGAGAUCCUGGAUCAGGUGACUUCGACACGGUGUCAGAAAUACAUGUACGGAGUUGUAAUUUUACAGGACGAAACACUACUGGAGUUAGGAUCAAGACAUGGCAGAGCGGUACCGGUUCACUGGCAAUAAGCGAUGUAUUGUACACCAGAAUAACUGGGACCUCAAGUGGAGAUGAGGUGAUAUCUUUGAAUUGUGGUACCAGAAAUUCAUGCAACAAUAUUGUGCUUGAUGAUAUCCACUUAAAGAGCUCAGAUCCAACGAAGACGGCUUAUGCUCAUUGUCUUAAUGUUAAUGGAAGAGCAUCAAAUGUAGAACCUUCUGCUGACCAAUGCAUGCAUUCCUGA